UGGGACUUCCCGAGGAACUUUAGCAGUGGAAUGCGAAACCGAAAUAGGAGUAGCACCAGUGUGUUAGGACGAGGCAAACAGAAAUUGUAUUGCCCAAGUCUUAACCCUUAUGUGUUUAUAAGAACCAAAUUUAGUUUUAAGUGCUAUUAUAUGUGUACAUGCCAUUUUUAAAUUAAAUCCAAACAAGUACGAAAUGUACAAGUGAAAACGUCGCCACUAAUGCGCAUGUGCCAUUACCAGGCUCUUGUCUAUGUCAAGGAAGUAUUAUGUGCAUUUUAUAGUAAAAGUUUCUGUUGUGUUAAAAGCAAAAGUAUGGCCUGCGACCUGAUGAAACUGAAAUAGUUUCACAUUUGCAAGAGAAAAAUAAAAUGUUUCGCAACUCAAAAGCAAUUUGUGGUCUAGCUAUAAUUUUUAUAUUUUUUCACAGAACAAUCGACUGUCAAUAUGUGUAUAUUGAUCAUAGCCAACAAAUCAACGGGUCAGAGCUCGUACAAAAAUCAAGGGGAGCCGAGGAAGCGUUUGAUUCAUUGGGGGAAACAUAUUUAAAAAGCCAUAGACCGCUUGAUAGAGGACCCUACUUCGAUACAUCGGCUACGAAAAAUGUAACAUCGUUGGUUGGUAAAACAGCGCAUUUAAAUUGCCGCAUUAAGAACCUUGGAAACAAAACAGUUUCAUGGAUCAGGCAUAGGGAUUUGCAUCUACUGACAGUGGGCGAAAGCACAUAUACAUCCGAUCAGAGGUUCACUUCUAUAUACAACAAGAUAACUGGAGACUGGUCACUGCAAAUAAAAUUCCCGCAAAUAAGAGAUUCCGGGGUUUAUGAAUGUCAAGUUUCCACAACGCCGCCCGUUGGCUAUACAAUGGUGUUCUCUGUCGUUGAACCCAUUACAACCAUACCCGGCGGUCCAGAAUUAUACAUCGACAUGGGAUCAACAGUUAAUUUAACUUGCAUUGUUAAACAUCUACCAGAUCCCCCUUUAACAGUGCACUGGACACAUAACAACGAGGAAAUAAAUUACGACUCACCACGGGGCGGAGUUUCUGUCAUAACUGAGAAAGGCGACAUAACAACGUCCUAUCUGCUUAUACAAAAAGCAAGAAUUUCAGAUUCAGGCAGAUAUUCUUGCUUACCAUCCAACGCAAAUUCUAAAUCGGUAAACGUGCAUGUUCUAAACGGCGACCAUCCAGCUGCUGUACAACGUGCUGGUGAUUCAUUGAAAUAUUGUAGCAAUUUAAUUGUUGUGUUAAUUGUGAGUCGUAUAAUCUAUAUAGUACAUUAAUUCUUGUAUGUUUGUAUGUAAUGUAUCGCAAAAUUAAAUAUUUCUUACAUUGUUAUAGAUUCGAAAAAUUUUAUAGAUAUUUAAUGGAAUAUCAUUGUAAAUUAAAGAUGCAUUUUCUAUGUAAAUAUAUACUUUAUCUGAUCUAUUAA